GGCGGGGAGACGCGCACGGAGCUCGCGGGGGCCGACGCCCGCGUGCUGGAGGCACGGCUCCUCGGCGAGCGCGGCGUGGACGAGGCGAGGGGCCCCGAGCUCGAGGAGCUACGGGCCCAGGUGGCGCGGGGCGCCGAGGAGGGCGCCUCCCUGCGUGGCGCCAGGGCCGCCAGCCGCGCCGAGCGCCGCCCAGCGCUGCUGCUCGAGCUCGGGGACCAGCGCAGGCGCUGA